AUGGUGGAGAUCAUGAAGGUGAGCAUUUUUGAAAAACAAAACCCUAACAAUUCAUUCUCAUCUCAUCUUACACAUUUGCGCAGCUGGAGCCUGGAGGAGAGAGUUGAGCUCCUUCUCUCAUCUCAUCUUCACUUCGAAUCUCACUCUCUCGUGCUUUGCAAGAUCGACUCUGCUCAGCUUCACUUCGAAUCUCACUCUCCUGUGCUUCGCAAGAUCGACUCUGCUCAGGUAAGCUUCACUUGGACUCUACUUCACUUCGAAUUUGUUUUUUUGAAUUUGUUGAAUUUGUUGUUUUUUGAAUCUGCUCACAGCCUCACAGGUACUUUGGAGUCAAGCUCAUCUUCAACUUCAACCUAUAAUGUUGAUGCUAUAAUUGAUGUCUAAUAUUCAUUUGGUCAUUGGGUUCAUCAACCAAAUGCAUGGGAUUGGAAUUUGU